AUGAACCUGGGAGGUCUGAGAAGUGAAUGUGAUUGGGGUGCAUUAUGUGAAAUUCCCAAACAAGGAAAGGUUUGUUUAAGGUCCUGUGUGAUCUAUUUCACGAUUAAUUUACCCCUCAAUCCCGAACCUUUUCUCAAUGAACUGACAGGAAAACCAGUGAUGGUGAAACUCAAGCAGGGAAUGGAACAUAAGGGCUACCUGGUCUCUGUAGAUGGCCAUGUGAGCAUGCAACUUGCAAUUACAGAGUACAUAGAUGGUGCAUUGUCUGGACAACUGGGUAAAGUUCUAAUAAGGUGUGAUAAUGUCCUUUAUAUCCGAGGCAUUGAGGAGGAGGAAGAUGGAGCAAUGUGA